CAAAUGUGUGUUUAUCUGUCAGCUUGAGACCAACUUUUCCAUUUGAUGUGAAGACAUCAGCCGUGAAACACGACACUGUUCUACCACAAUGAUCAGGAGACUGUUCGCUUUGUGUCUUCUUCGUACAGUAUCUCUGAUUCCAGAGGGUCCACAGCAGAUCUCCUGGACUGUGGCUGAAGUUGGUGGUUCUGUCAGUUUCUCAUGUCCAGUCCCCAAAGACACGCAGAAAUUAAUUUUCUGGUUCAGAGUCACUGAAGGAGAUGGUUCCUGUUUUCUUACCAUCAACAACAUAAGCAAGGAGGAUGAAGCGUCAUAUAUGUGUCUAAGUCAAGCACAGUAUGGAGAAUCUACUUUUAAUGGCACAUUUUGGCUGUGAAUGAUUCCAGGAUAAAAUCUUUGUCUAUGAAACAAAACCCAGAGACUGAGUCGGUCCAUCUGGGUUCUUCAGUAAACCUCCAGUGUUCACUUCUCUCCAAGAACAAAGAAAAAAGAAUUCCAUGUCCAGGUGAACGGACUGUGCACUGGUUCAGAGCUGCAUCAGGAGAACCUCAUCCAGGCUACAUUUACUCAGAUGGACACACGAGUGCUGAGUGUGAAGAAAGGAGCUGCGUCUACAGUCUGUCCAAAACGAUCCAGAACCCCUCUGAUUCUGGGACGUACUACUGUGCUGUGGUCACAUGUGGGAAGAUCCUGUUUGGACAAGGAACUACAAUACAGAUAAGACCAGAACAGGACCCACUUGUCCUCGUACUUGGAGUGCUGUUGGCCUGCUGUGUGACUGUGAUUGCUGUUCUUAUUUUGUACAUUAAACAAAGAAAAGUCUACCAACAUAACCAAGGAGCAGCGAGUUUUUCAUGUCCACUUGGAUCUGAUGAGUCAACUGUUGAUCCAUCAACUGACCGGGUUGGUGAACCAGAGGCAGAGAGCUACGUAACUCUGCGUUUCUCCACAAAACCUGCAAAAAACAAGAAGAAGAAGAGAGAUCCACAACAAGAGUGUGUGUACUCCACUGUGAGAACUCACCACAACCAGAACCAAAGUGCUUCUUAGACAGAGCAGAAUCUGCACACGGUGUCCGCACUCAU